UGGACAAUCAUUGACCAGGUCGCUGCUUAAAAGGCCCAAACGGGGGCAGAUGCUGUUCGUUCUGUCAAGGAUUCGUCAUGAGGCCUGAGGUCGUCCUCCAGCUGGGCUCCUGUGCCCUGUGUCUGACGCUGGCGCUUCUCGGAGGGGGAAUGGCUGUGGACCUUCCCGAUCCGGCGCCGAUCAACUGCCUGUGGAGCCGCUGGUCAGAGUGGACCCCUUGUGAUCCUUGCACCAAAGUCAGAAGACGCUCUCGAGGUGUAGAUCUGUUCGGCCAGUUUGGGGGCACGGUCUGCCAGGGGUCGCUCGGGGAGCGCGAGGCCUGCACCACGGCUGCAGAAUGCGUCGCAGCACCGCCUCCUGAGUGUUCAGACACGGAGUUCCAGUGCGAAUCGGGCUCUUGCAUCAAGAAACGACUGUUGUGCAACGGGGAUUACGACUGUGAGGACGGGUCGGACGAGGACUGUGACCCGAUUCGGAAGCCCUGCGGUGCCACUCAGCUGGACAACAACGAGCAGGGCCGGACGGCGGGAUACGGAAUCAACAUCUUGGGUUCAGAUCCACACAUGAAUCCCUUCAACAACGAUUACUUCAACGGAAGAUGUGAUAAAGUGUCGAAUCCGACCACCAGGCGCUAUGACAGGAUCCCCUGGAACGUUGGAGUGCUCAACUAUCUGACUUUGGUGGAGGAAACCGUUUCUAAAGAGAUCUACGAGGACACCCACUCGCUUCUGAGGGAAAUCCUGAAAGAGGUUUCUUUCAGCAUCGACGCAGAGCUUUCCAUCAAGCUCACACCCAGUGAGAAGUCAAACUCUACCGUGACUAUCUCUCCGGAGGCUGGUUUCAGCAAGAAAAACAUGAUCAAGGAAGUGUCUGAGAAAACCAACACGAAGAACAAGAGCUUCAUGAAGGUGAAGGGCCGCGUCCAGCUGAGCACCUACAGGAUGCGCUCCCGCGAGCUCCGAGUGGGCAGCGACUUCCUGGCGCAUCUCAAGUCCCUGCCUCUGCAGUACGAGCGGGGGAUUUACUUUGCCUUCCUGGAGGACUACGGCACCCACUACACCAAAAACGGGAAAACUGGGGGCGAAUACGAGCUGGUGUAUGUCCUCAACCAGGACACCAUCAAGGAAAAGAAACUGACUGAGCGGUCGCUGCAAGAGUGCGUAAAAGUUGGCAUCUCGGCAGGAUAUGAGGGUACUGUUGACAUAUCGGGAGGCGCAAAAGUCAAUCCGUGCACCACGGACAAAACAACAGACACAGACACGACUGAGGGAAAGGCACUGGUGGACCAGGUGAUCAUCUCAGUCAAAGGAGGCACUCUACCAGCGGCCGUGGCCAUGAAGGCCAAACUGGACAAGACGGGGAUGCUGGACGUUCCCACCUUCCAGGAGUGGGCGCGGACCAUCGCCGACAACCCGGCGCUGCUCCACAGCGAGCCGGAGCCCAUCCACACGUUAGUUCCCCUGGACAUGCCCGACGCCAACACCAGGGUCAUCAACCUGAAGCGGGCCACGACGGACUACAUGGCCGAGUAUUCCGUGUGCAAGUGUAAGCCCUGUCACAACGGCGCCACUCUGGCUCUGGUGGAUGGGAAAUGCAUGUGCCUGUGCCCUCAGCUGUUUGAAGGGCAGGCCUGUCAGAACUUCAAGAGCGAUAAAUCCAGAAACGCAGGUCAGAGGCCUGCGGUGACUCACGAAGGCAACUGGUCCUGCUGGACUUCCUGGACCAGCUGUUCCGGAGGGAAGCGUUCCAGGACGCGCCACUGCAACACAGACGGGGUCCCGGGGGCUCAGUGCAGAGGGGUCACCACCGGCGAGGAUUAUUGUUAAGAAGAACAUCAAACACACGAGCCUCUUUCCCCCCUCAGCUGCUGCUCACGUUUGGUUGGGCGAACAACGCCACCUGUAGGUCAGAGAUAGGAAAUGCAGGCGUUAGUUGCUGGCAAGAUACUGUAUGUGAAAUGGAAUGUUCAGCACUGGCUGCAAAUGUAUCGCAUCACAAAUGAAAGCUACCGCUAAUAAACAGCUCCACAGCUCUGA